AUGGAUUGCAUUGAAGAAUAUGGGAUUGAAAAGGUUUUCACAGUUACUGUUGAUAACGCAAAGAACAAUGACAAGGCACUGGAGAUUUUCACAGAUGCAUUAAGGCUGAAAGGAGGAGGAGCACUAGCAAAUCCAAGUAUAGUUGCCAUAAGGAAUGCAGUCAAGUAUGUUAGGUCAUCCUUCAGUAGGCUUAGAUCUUUUGCAAUGAGGUGCGAAACAGGAAAGAUAAGUUGUACUGUGACUUACUUCGAGGAAGUAGAAGAGAGGUCAAAAGUAAAAAGGAUUGGACCACCAACUUCAGUUGAUUGGGAGGAAGCUGAAAGGAAUCUAAAUGCUAAGGCUUCUAGUCCUAUUGAGGAGAUCCGAAAGCAAGCUUAUGUAAUGAGGCACAAGUUCGAGAAGUCCUGGGCCAGAUUGCAUAACAUGAAUCCUCUAGUGAUUAUGACCAGUGCCUUUGAUCCUCACAACAAAAUGGAGUUUGCUUCCCUCUGCUUUGAAAAAAUCUAUGGCAAGGACACAAUAGAGAGUAAGCAACUUCAGUCUUUAGUUUCAAGUGCAAUGAAGAGGUUGUAUGAAGAUUAUAGUCUUAGGCUGAGUCAACCAACAGAGGAUGAAGAUCCUCCAGAUUUUAAGCCUACGGUCUUGUGUGACAUUUCGGAUGAUGAUGAUUGUGAGUUGAUGGGGUCACUUUACAGUCAGUUGGUUGGUUGUAAGAGAAGUGAAGAUGGCAGCAAUGAGUUACAGAUCUAUUUGACAGAAAAAACUGAGGUAAGAGUUGAAAACAGUUUGGGGUUACCUUAUGAUGUUCUCAGUUGGUGGAGGUGCAAUAGUUCUAAGUUCCCAAUCUUGUCAGAACUUGCUAGAGAUGUUCUAGCAAUCCAAGUCUCAUCAGUGUCUUCUGAGUCGGCUUUUAGUACAAGUGUCCGAGUGUUGGACUCUUAUAGGAGUUCCUUAACUCCGUACAUGGUUGAGGUUUUGAUAUGUGCACAAAAAUGGCUAAAGAGUUCACAUAAGUCAGAAGCACAAGUAUCAAACUUGGUGCAAAUGUUGGAAGAGGUUGAGUUUCUGGAAUCUCUUGAUUCUCAGAAUUCAGUGGCAGCUCUUCCAUAA